AUGGCGGACCUGCAGAAAUUUAGCAGAAUUUGCCGGGUUUUUCAACAAGAGGUUGACUUUCUUCUUUUAUACAUCGAGGAAGCACACCCUACGGAUGGAUGGGCGUUUGAGGUGAGACCACUUUUUGGUACAUAAAAGUAAGCGGAUCAUAUCAGGGCCAUUAUUGUGUGGAGUGAUCUGUAGAAACAAAAUUGGACAGCUGCAGAACUAAUGUCUGAUAUACGAAGUGUUUCCUUGUGCGGCCAUAAAAAGCUCUAAUAAUGUUAGGUAGGGUAUGAAGGGAGCCUUUGCAAACCAAGAAAACUAGUUCACGAAGGGAAUUAACUUGCAACCUCUUUUUCAGUAUUUCAUAACUUACACUUUUGAUUACGUUUAUACAACUUAAAUUAAUCUUAGUUCCCUUUAUACGUUACACAUUGUAAGAUGAUGAAGAUUUUUAUCCAGUGCUACAUACUGCAAAAUAAAAGGGACAAGUAUCAUUUUGCUUUCAACGGCCCGAAAGGCAAAUAUGUUUUCAGUAAAUUGUAAGGAAGAGCUAUGUUACAGACUAUCUUAUUACGUAAUACAGCCUAUGCACAUAAAAAGAACUUUAUUUUGUCCAGGAUAAAUGAAUGACAUUGUCACUUCCCCUCAGGUUUCUCAACUAAAACAUAAUCGUAUCUUAGAGCCCGGCGUCCGUAAAAGGUGCCCAGUGCCGGUAAAUAAAGUUCCGCGUUUAUGCGCCGACCGACGUCUCAUUUUGCAACCACACAUUCUGUUUUUAUGAUUUGUCCUGUAAAUUCUGGCGUAACAAAAACAACAACAAAAAGUUGACUCCUGGACGUGCGGCAAAACAGCGUUAUCAGCCAGUCAGUCAGUAAAAAAUAGCAGUCAGAUAAUGUACUUUCAUCAAAUUCAUUACUGGUAUGUCUACCUUUGUCUUUUUCAUGUACUUUUCAUGAUUCAUGUAUCCAUCAAUUUUGUAAUGAACACCUUUUAAUUGGCUGCAUCAAUUAUCCUCACGAAAGUAUAUCUCAUCUCUACAUACAAUGUUUUAAUCUAAAACGUUCACCAGGAGGAGCACCAUAACCCAUUUAAUCCUUUAAGCCCUAGUUUGAUGAGGUUUCAGUACAAACGCAGCUUUCGAGAUGGAUCCUUACAUCUUGAACUAUGACAAACGAGACCCAAGUGCAAUACAUAUUUUUUUCUCAUGGGAGAAAAAGAACAAAACAUGCGUGAUUAGUAAAAAAGGUGAACAAUUCCUUGUGUUGAUUUUUACUGGACUAGAAAGAACAAAAAUAUUUUAUGUUUAUUGGCUACCAAGUAGUUAUUGUUUUUUUAGAACAACUACAACAUACCACAACAUCGUACCACCCAAGAGAGAUGCCAGGCUGCCAAGUUACUGCAGGCUCAGUGCCCUGCUGUUGAGGUUCAAGUGGCAGUCGAUACGAUGUGGAAUACUGCUAAUGCUGUUUAUGGUGCCAUACCAGAAAGACUUUACAUCAUCAAGGACAGUACAGUUUUGUAUCAGGGAGGAGUGGGACCGUUUAGAUAUGAUCUCAGUGAAAUGCAGAGUUGCCUAAGUCAUAUGAUUACAGGCGGGGACCGACAUUAA